UACUCAGACACUCCUUCACCUACUUCUCAACCCACCUUCUCAAUCCACCUUCUUAACCCACCUUCCCUUGCAGCCAACUCUCGUCUGCUUGUCAAUUCCACCACGCGCAUCGAGAAGCGCCAUCAAUAACAAAGACCAAGCUCGACCUUCACUCGAUGUCGUCCAUCCUCCGGACCGGCCAGGUGGUCGUGUCAAGAGACCCAACUGCUGCAGAGAUUGAGCGCUUCCUCGCCAGUCGCAGUGGUAGUCAGAUGACGCAACUGAUGCGAUCCAUUCAAGCACCUGCCGCUCAAGUCUCACUCGCAAAAUCGAUGCUUCUCAUUCCAUCCACCGCUCAUACCAAGAGCGCACCUCCCGAGAAGGCCAAGAAAGCGCUGAAUGCCUUUGUUGGUUUCCGAUGCUACUACAUUCAUAUUCCUGACCUCAAGCCAUGGCCCAUGAAGAAGCUUUCCAACAUCAUGGGAGUCAUGUGGGAGGCAGACCAGAACAAGUCGCUGUGGUCGUUGAUGGCGAAAGCUUGGUCCAUCAUCCGCGAUCAGGUCGGUAAAGACAAGGCAUCUCUUCACCACUUCUUCGAGAUCAUCUGUCCUCAUCUCAACAUGCCUACUCCAGAGACUUACCUCCACUCUUGCGGUUGGACACUGAGCUCUGACAAAGAUGGCAACCCAACUGUCUCGAAGAAGUCCUUUGUAUCGCAGGUUACUGUCAGCACCGGAAUUGCAGGCAUGGCUCUGUCCGUCGAAGACAUCAUCACCCACUGUCAGGACAUGGGUUAUGCCAUAGGCUACGUUCCUGAUCUCGAAACUCACUCCCCAACGUUUCUGGCUCAGUCUCACAACCACAAGAGCAGCUCGGUCGUUCCACAGACUCAACCUGCGAACUCUGUCUACGACUAUCGCCUUGCAGCACGCAACAAGCGACGAGAGAAGCGCCAGACUUCCCGGGAUACCAGCGUUUUGCUGGCGCUGCAACAGCAAAUCAUCGAUGCUCACUCCACGCCCGGCCAGGAUAUCGUGCCCCACGAUGAUCCCGUCCUUUCCGAGAGUGAGCCUAUGCACUUCUAUCAGAGUCUUGCUGGUCUUUUGACCGACCACGAUCAGCAAGGUUUCACAGACUUUUCUGGUGAUCUUAUUGCUACUGGAGAUGCUGCCAUGGCAGGCUGGACUGACUACGCGUUCCGCAUCGGUGCAGAUGAAGAUGCAACGCUUCCCAUGUUUGACUUUGCCAAUAUGUGAUCUUCGUAAGAUCACUCGCAUGUACAAUGUCUGGCAAGCAGUUGACACUCAUAGCAUGGUCAGCAAUCUUGGGCAGCAUCUCUACCACACUGGUCUCCUUUGGCUCACGAUCCCAUAAACCGUUCAGCCUACUUCUCUUCUCUCGAUACCCCC